GAGAAGGGGGCGGGGCCGUGCGGUGUUUUGGGGGCGGUGGGGCCCCCACCUCGCGCCGGUACCGCCACAAGAUGGACCCCGGCCCCGCCAGCUCGGACGGCGAGGAGCCAUCCACCUCUGCCGCCUCCUCGCGGGAGCCCGGCGCCGAGGAGAAAAAUGAUCCUCCAUUUCAACUCAAACUUCCGCCCAAGGCAUCUAGACCUGAAAAAGAAAUUGAUCCAGAAUAUGAAGAGAAGAUGAAAACAGAUCGGGCAAAAAGAUUUGAAUUUCUCCUGAAGCAGACGGAACUUUUUGCACAUUUUAUUCAGCCUGCAGCACAGAAAUCGCCAACAUCACCACUGAAAGUCAAAUUGGGACGACCACGGAUAAAGAAAGAUGAAAAACAGAGUUUACUUUCAGCUGGGGAUUAUCGUCACAGACGCACUGAGCAAGAGGAAGAUGAAGAGCUGCUGUCUGAGAGUCGAAAAACAUCUAAUGUGUGUGUUCGAUUCGAGGAGUCGCCUUCAUAUGUGAAAGGAGGAACGCUAAGAGAUUACCAGGUUAGAGGGUUGAACUGGAUGAUCUCCUUGUAUGAGAAUGGUGUUAAUGGAAUUCUGGCAGAUGAAAUGGGUCUUGGUAAAACUUUGCAAACAAUAGCAUUGCUAGGCUAUCUGAAGCAUUACCGAAACAUUCCUGGACCACACAUGGUCCUGGUUCCAAAAUCAACUUUACACAAUUGGAUGAACGAAUUUAAACGCUGGGUUCCAUCUUUACGUGCGGUUUGUCUUAUUGGAGACAAGGAUGCCCGAGCUGCUUUUAUCCGUGAUGUUAUGAUGCCUGGAGAGUGGGAUGUUUGCGUUACCUCAUAUGAAAUGGUAAUUAAGGAGAAAUCUGUUUUCAAAAAGUUUAACUGGAGAUACUUGGUGAUAGAUGAAGCCCACAGAAUAAAGAAUGAAAAAUCUAAGCUCUCUGAGAUUGUACGUGAGUUCAAGACAACAAAUCGGUUGCUGCUGACAGGAACUCCUUUACAGAACAACCUUCAUGAACUGUGGGCAUUACUCAACUUUCUUUUACCUGAUGUCUUCAAUUCUGCAGAUGAUUUUGACUCAUGGUUUGAUACUAAAAAUUGUCUUGGUGAUCAAAAGCUUGUAGAAAGACUUCAUGCAGUUUUGAAGCCUUUUUUGUUACGUCGUAUAAAAGCUGAAGUAGAAAAGAGCUUGCCUCCGAAAAAGGAAGUAAAGAUUUACCUUGGGCUCAGUAAAAUGCAGAGAGAAUGGUAUACAAGGAUCCUGAUGAAAGAUAUUGACAUUCUAAAUUCCGCUGGGAAAAUGGAUAAGAUGCGGCUGUUGAAUAUUUUGAUGCAGUUGCGAAAGUGCUGUAACCAUCCAUACCUAUUUGAUGGUGCUGAACCUGGACCUCCUUAUACUACUGACAUGCAUCUUGUCAAUAACAGUGGUAAAAUGGUAGCUCUGGAUAAACUGCUAGCAAAACUCAAAGAACAGGGCUCCAGAGUUCUCAUUUUUAGUCAGAUGACCCGCUUACUGGAUAUUUUGGAGGAUUAUUGCAUGUGGCGUGGUUAUGAGUACUGCCGACUAGAUGGACAGACGCCUCAUGAAGAAAGAGAGGAAGCAAUAGACACCUUUAAUGCUCCCAACAGUAGCAAAUUCAUUUUUAUGCUCAGUACCAGGGCAGGAGGUCUGGGGAUUAAUCUGGCAACUGCUGAUGUGGUUAUUCUCUAUGAUUCAGACUGGAAUCCACAAGUGGAUCUGCAGGCUAUGGAUCGUGCACACCGUAUUGGUCAAAAGAAGCCAGUUCGUGUAUUCCGACUUAUCACUGACAAUACUGUUGAAGACAGGAUUGUAGAAAGAGCUGAGAUAAAACUGAGAUUGGACUCUAUAGUUAUACAGCAAGGAAGACUCAUAGAUCAGCAGUCUAACAAACUAGCAAAAGAUGAAAUGCUGCAGAUGAUCCGGCAUGGAGCCACACAUGUUUUUGCUUCCAAGGACAGUGAACUGACAGAGGAAGAUAUUACCACUAUUUUAGAAAGAGGUGAAAAGAAGACAGCUGAAAUGAAUGAACGUUUGCAAAAAAUGGGAGAGAGCUCUUUAAGGAACUUCACUAUGGAUACAGAGAUGAGUUUAUACAACUUUGAAGGUGAAGAUUAUAGAGAAAAACAAAAGAUGAGUAUGAUGGAAUGGAUAGAGCCUCCAAAACGAGAGCGCAAAGCAAACUAUGCAGUGGAUGCAUAUUUUAGAGAAGCCCUGCGUGUUAGUGAACCGAAAGUUCCCAAGGCUCCACGACCCCCCAAACAGCCAAAUAUUCAAGAUUUCCAGUUUUUUCCACCACGAUUGUUUGAGCUUCUGGAAAAAGAAAUUCUUUAUUAUCGCAAGACUAUAGGCUAUAAGGUCCCUAGGAAUCCUGACCUCCCAAACGCAGCUCAGGUACAAAAAGAGGAACAAAAGAAGAUUGAUGAGUCUGCACCUCACACUCCAGAAGAAACUGAAGAAAAAGAAAAGCUGCUCACACAAGGUUUUACAAACUGGAACAAAAGAGACUUCAAUCAGUUUAUUAAAGCCAAUGAGAAAUAUGGACGUGAUGAUAUAGAUAAUAUUGCCCGUGAGGUGGAAGGAAAGUCACCAGAGGAAGUCAUAGAGUAUUCAGCUGUUUUUUGGGAACGUUGCAAUGAACUGCAGGACAUUGAGAGGAUUAUGGCUCAGAUUGAACGAGGAGAGGCAAGAAUCCAACGAAGGAUCAGUAUCAAGAAAGCUCUGGAUGCCAAAAUUGCAAGGUAUAAAGCCCCUUUUCAUCAGCUGCGUAUUCAGUAUGGAACAAACAAAGGCAAAAACUACACAGAAGAAGAAGAUAGAUUCUUGAUAUGCAUGUUACACAAGAUGGGCUUUGACAAAGAAAAUGUCUAUGAAGAACUAAGGCAGUGUGUGCGCAAUGCUCCCCAGUUCAGAUUUGACUGGUUUAUCAAAUCGAGAACUGCUAUGGAAUUCCAAAGACGCUGCAAUACUCUCAUAUCAUUGAUAGAAAAAGAAAAUAUGGAAAUUGAGGAAAAAGAGAGAGCUGAAAAGAAGAAAAGAGGAACAAAAGUUCCAGCGUCACAGAAAAGAAAAGCAGAUUCAGCAACAGAGAGCUCUGGGAAGAAGGAUGCUAAGAAAGUGAAGUCGUAAAGUGGAGAAACUGAAUGCUAAAUAUAAAACUGCCAGUUUUUCUUUCUAUCUACAAAUGUUAAUUGCCAGCUUCUGUGUUCAUGGUACUCUCAGAAAAAUCUCAUGGUUUAAUUUUUGCAAAUUUUGUAUAUUAUACAAUGCCUUUCUUUACUUAAAUAAUGUGUAGCUUUAUAUUUUAUGCAUUCCAGUACGUUAGUGCUGUGGUUUUCAACCUGUGGUCCGCAGCCCCUUGGGGUCUCCAGACUAAGGGGUCUUUGAAAGUUUGUCUUUACCAUAGAACAGUGGUUUUCAAUCUGUGGUCCACGGAGCUCGGGGAGCAGACUUCCAAAGGGGUCCGCACCUCCAUUCGAAAUUUUUUCGGGGUCCGCAAAUGAAAAAAGGUUGAAAACCACUGCUUUAGUGUAUCGUAUUUUGUGAAUUACAUGUCUUCAGCAAAAUUCACUCAGUCCUUGUUCUUUGAAGCUCGUGCUGAGCUUUUAGCUUUUAUAUGUUUUAUAUGCUGCUGCUUUAAAAGAGAACCUAGAUUCUAUAGCUGUAUUGUUGUUUCAUACUUUAAAUUUAUAUGGCUGUGGGAAAUUAAAGUGAUUUGAGGAGAAAUAUA